GUGAACAACUCCCUUUCUGCCCUCUUGUGUGAAUUCCGUGGAAAGUUGGCGAGAACCGCAGAUUACUACCACCAACAACCGCUCCUUCCGAACUUUCUAACACCCACCCACACACCACACACCACCACCUCCACCACCGCUUUCUCACCAGCGAGAGCUUCUGAAACCGCCGCAUACCAACACAAUAUUGGCCGGUCAGCGACAUCCUCCCAGCGAACGCAGCCGGCUGUGAUAUCGGCAGGCCGACUCCCGACGCCUCUGUCUCAGACGUGUCGUCAAAAGCCGCUUUUUCGUUGUCUGUAGGACGAAUACAGCAACUACGCCUCGAUUCCUGCUUCACCAACGCUUGCGCUACCAACGCCUUCCGGCAUCAGCCGCAGACAGAUAACAGCCUUGGGACGACACAAUCGGGUUCUCUUGAACAUCCGAUUUUGCCAAGAUGCCUAGCUUCGAGGAAACUCCAGCGCCGAAAGGCAGGCUCCUGCUCAUCUCCAACCGUCUGCCAAUCACCAUCAAGCGCUCCGAUGAAGGUCACUACGACUUCACCAUGUCGUCCGGUGGUCUGGUGGCCGGUCUGUCGGGUCUAUCAAAGACUACCGAGUUCCAGUGGUAUGGCUGGCCCGGUCUGCAAGUGCCCGAGAACGAGCUCGGACUCCUAAAGCAACGCCUCCGAGACGAGCACAGCGCUGUGCCCAUUUUCAUGGACGAUGAGCUAUCGGAUCGCCAUUACAACGGCUUCUCCAACAGUAUCCUCUGGCCGCUGUUUCACUAUCACCCGGGCGAGAUUACGUUUGACGAGUCUGCAUGGGAUGGAUAUGUCGAGGCCAACCGCAUAUUUGCAAAGGAGAUUGCAAAAGACGUCCAAGACAAUGACUUGGUCUGGGUGCACGAUUACCAUCUCAUGCUUCUCCCUGCCAUGCUCCGUGAAGAAAUCAACAAGGCAGGAGCCAAUAAGAAGAAGAACGUCAAGUUCGGUUUCUUCCUCCACACCCCAUUUCCGUCCUCGGAGAUCUACCGGAUUCUGCCUGUCCGAAACGAGAUCCUGCAAGGUGUACUGCACUGCGAUUUGAUUGGAUUCCACACAUACGAUUACGCUCGGCACUUCUUAUCAGCAUGCGCUCGCAUACUGGGCCUUGCUACAACACCAAACGGCGUCGAAUUUCAAGGCAAGCUUAUCACUGUCGGUGCUUUCCCUAUUGGCAUCGACCCAGAGAAAUUUGUGCUCGGACUGCAGAAAGAAAACGUCAUCCGGAGGAUCGAGACACUGAAGAAGAAGUUUGAUGGUGUCAAGAUCAUUGUCGGAGUCGAUCGCCUCGACUACAUCAAGGGAGUUCCUCAGAAGCUGCACGCCCUUGAGGUCUUCCUGACCGAACACCCAGAGUGGAUCGGCAAAGUAGUGCUCGUACAAGUGGCCGUCCCGUCACGGCAGGAUGUUGAGGAGUACCAGAACCUUCGCGCUGUGGUCAACGAACUGGUCGGCCGCAUUAAUGGCAAGUUUGGCACGAUAGAGUUCAUGCCCAUCCACUUCAUGCACAAGUCGGUCAGUUUUGAUGAACUCACCGCUCUCUACUCCAUCAGCGACGUAUGCCUGGUCAGCUCCACUCGCGACGGCAUGAAUCUGGUAUCCUACGAGUACAUUGCCUGCCAACAGGAGCGACACGGCUCGUUGAUUCUGUCAGAGUUUACUGGAGCUGCACAGAGCCUCAACGGAGCCCUAGUCGUGAACCCCUGGAAUACUGAGGACCUCGCAGACUCCAUACAUGACGCUGUCACCAUGGGCGAGGAGCAGCGUACCAUGAACUACCAGAAAUUGGCAAAAUAUGUCAACAAGUACACGUCCGCCUGGUGGGGCGAGAGCUUUGUGUCAGAGCUGACCCGAAUCUCUGAGCAAGCUGAGAAGAAGCUCAAGGUCCGCCAGUCGAAUGUACUCGAUCCCGCUGGGACAGCUAUAGACGACAGCUUCCCCGAGGACAAGAAAGAAGGCACUAGUCAACCUGCGGUUGCAGACACCACUGGCGAAAGCCAGAAGGUGGAAGCGAGCGAUCAGGAGACUAAGUAAGGAUGUUCUUUCCAGUGCUGGCUCGGGAUCACGAUACGAGAUAUGACAAAAUGACCACUAACCUUGAUUGUGAAUAGGGAAGAAUAUGAUGAUGAGGAAGGACUUGUGAUUCAGUUCAGAGGCAGGGCCGACUCGAUUCUGUUACGAGGGGUGUAAGGUGAAGCAUGGGCCCGAACACUGCAUACGAUAGAGAGCUAUGGGGAAAUUCAAACAUCAGCAUGGAGCUACUGAUUCUUGGCAGAAUGCGUAUAGAAUGAGGAUAUAGUCUCCCACGGCAUGAGUCUCGUGGGAGUAGCUCAAAGAAACAACGAGGAACGAGUGUACCAUGUUCCAUCUUACAGAAGUUGUACCUCUAGAGUGUGGGCACUAGAAUCAAACAUUCAAACCAGGAUAAGUACUGUAUCGUACGACCCCUCUGAUUGACGUGACGUAAUAUCAUGUGCAGUGUGCACCUUGAUGGUAGCCUACUCUAUUGAGAUAUUUACAAACACAUAUCGAGGUGAAGUGGAUUUCAUCAGCAUACAACAAGAACACAAACUACACGCCACGUCGCCACAUACAUUGCGCAAAAUGGCACCGAUACCAGCUACCUGGUCGAAGUUGGCCGCAACAGGCCCACUGCAACGCUCAUCUCACAACGUCAACGCCAUCGGCAACACCAUAUAUGUGUUCGGCGGUGAGCUCAGACCCCGAGAGCCUCGCGACAACAACAUUCACAAGAUCAGUUUAGAUGGCACGACAUCCGUCCAGUCUCUCCAAGCCCCGCACAUGGCUCCUUCUCCACGUGUAGGUUCAGCGAGCGCAACAAUCGGCGAUAAGAUCUAUUUCUUCUCUGGCCGAGGAGGUCCCGAAAUGGCGCCUGUAGAUGAGAAAGGCGCUGUGUGGUCGCUCGACACGCGCUCGAACGAGUGGACGUUACUCUCACCUUCAUCUCCUUUGUUCCCCGAUGCGAGAAGCUACCACACCAUUGCAUCAGAUGGAGCCGACACCAUCUACGUCCACGCUGGCUGUCCUGAGAAGGGCCGGCUGGCGGAUCUCUGGGCGUUCAGUGUCUCCAAGAAGGAAUGGAAGCAGCUGAGUUCUGCUCCAGAUCCGCCUCGAGGCGGGACGUCGAUUGCUUGGGCAGAUGGAAAGCUGUAUCGCAUGAAUGGGUUCGAUGGACAGAAGGAGGUGGGAGGGGAUCUUGAUGUGUAUGAUCCGGCCAAUGACAGCUGGAGUACGGUAUCUUUCCAGGCGAAUGGCAAGGACGGUCCCGGUGCACGAAGUGUUGCGGCGCUUGUGCCUGUCAAGGUCCACGGAGGCACGAGUCUGGUGACAUUGUUUGGCGAGAGCGAUCCCAGCUCUUUGGGUCAUCAAGGAGCGGGUAAGAUGCUAUCGGACAUUUGGGCUUAUUCGCUGGAGAACAAGACUUGGUCGGAGAUCAGUAUCCAGUCGAAUGAGGCCAGGCCAGACGCGAGAGGUUGGUUCGAUGCCGAUGUAGUGGCUCUGGAUGAAGGAGAGGGUGUUGCUAUCUCGGGUGGACUGGGAGAGACCAAUGAGCGACUCAACGAUCUCUGGUUGCUCAGCUUUUGAAGUGCUCUCGAGGCAGACUGUCGUCACGGCCAUGCCAGGCUCUGCCUCAGUGCCUGUGCUCAAGAAAUGUAGCAAUCUCAUUCGAAGAUAACAGACAUGUACCGCUUGUAUAUACUGUAUGUUCCUGUACAUGUAGUGGUAUCUGACUCAGCUCCGACGUCGGCAACGACAUCAUGAUCACCAUUACUA